AUGACCCCAGCCGAAUUAAAUGAGCUGAAAGAGCAAUUGCAGGAAUUGUUGGAGAAGGGGUUCAUCAUACCCAGUGUAUCACCUUGGGGUGCACCUAUUCUAUUUGUGAAAAAGAAAGAUGAGGCCAUGAGACUUUGUAUAGACUAUCAGCAGUUGAAUCAGCCUAGGGAUAUCAACCAUGCAACUCAACUUGUACGUGAAGGUCAGAAUUCAAGGAAUAGGGACCUAAUUGGAGAAGUAUUAGAAUCAUUGAAAAUUUAUGACCUAGAAGCUACAGGGGAUGAGUAUACAUCUGAAGAAUUGGAGUUGGAUGAUGAGAUGGAAGAUAACACACCACCAGUAUAA